AUGGUCUCAACUAGUAGGUUUGCUGAUUAUGUCUAUAUUUUUACUACGCUGGGUUAUAGCUGGACAGGAAUUGGAUUUCCUGACGUUUCGGGCCCUCACUUAAUUUACUUGUUCUCGCUAUCUGGCGCACUUGUUUUGCUAAAUUCUGUUCCAUGUUAUGCUCUUGACGGCCAGUGGAUCCUCCAAGCUCUGAUUGAACUUCUCUUCCGGCCCUUAAUUCCCAGUUGUCGUCAGCGACGUGCAAUAUUUCUCAUGCUCAUCGGCCUUGGCACUCUCCUGGUUGCUGCAAAUUUACUUUUGGCAUUGACUUACCUCUUCAUUGAGGUUUAUGGCCCUCCAGGUGGCUUAUUCUCGUCUGACUCAUCGACAUCAUCUAUCGGAUUCUCCCACCCUCAAGCACUAACCACUGUGACUCCCCAUUCUGAUCAUUACUAUAACUCUAUGCAAACAGGUCCCGGGCAUCCAGGCGGGGCUUUUCAUCAGUCUGUCCUUCCAACUCUCGAGCACCCAUUUGUUGUACGGUAA